GCCGGCUUGCUUUGUGGCUGUCAAUUUCCCCCGAGGUCCGAGUCGAGAGGUGCACAAUUGUGGUGGCAGCUGCGGCGCGGCGGGGAAAUGAGGCAGAAGCGUAAAGGAGAUCUCAGCCCUGCUGAGCUAAUGAUGCUGACCAUAGGAGAUGUUAUUAAACAACUAAUUGAAGCCCAUGAACAGGGAAAAGAUAUCGAUCUAAAUAAGGUGAAAACCAGGACAGCUGCAAAAUACGGCCUUUCAGCACAGCCCCGCCUGGUGGAUAUCAUUGCUGCAGUCCCACCUCAGUAUCGAAAGAUCUUGGUCCCCAAGUUGAAGGCAAAACCCAUCAGAACUGCCAGUGGGAUUGCUGUCGUGGCUGUGAUGUGCAAACCCCACAGAUGUCCACACAUCAGUUUUACAGGAAAUAUAUGUGUGUACUGCCCUGGUGGACCUGAUUCUGAUUUUGAAUAUUCAACCCAGUCUUAUACUGGAUAUGAGCCAACCUCCAUGCGAGCUAUCCGUGCUAGGUAUGACCCUUAUCUACAGACAAGACACCGAAUAGAACAGUUAAAACAACUUGGUCACAGUGUGGAUAAAGUAGAGUUUAUUGUGAUGGGUGGAACGUUUAUGGCCCUUCCAGAAGAAUACAGAGAUUAUUUUAUUCGAAAUUUACAUGAUGCCUUAUCAGGACACACCUCCAACAAUAUUUAUGAGGCAGUCAAGUAUUCUGAGAGAAGCCUCACAAAGUGUAUCGGCAUUACUAUUGAGACCAGACCAGACUACUGCAUGAAGCGGCAUUUAAGUGACAUGUUGACCUAUGGCUGCACAAGACUGGAGAUUGGGGUGCAGAGUGUCUAUGAAGAUGUGGCCAGAGAUACCAACAGGGGCCACACCGUGAAGGCAGUUUGUGAGUCAUUUCACCUGGCGAAAGAUUCUGGGUUCAAAGUUGUGGCUCACAUGAUGCCCGAUCUGCCGAAUGUGGGGCUAGAGAGAGACACUGACCAGUUCACAGAGUUUUUUGAGAACCCUGCUUUUCGUCCUGAUGGUUUGAAACUCUACCCGACCCUGGUGAUUCGUGGAACUGGGCUUUAUGAGCUGUGGAAAUCAGGAAGAUAUAAGAGUUAUUCUCCCAGUGACCUGAUCGAAUUGGUGGCUCGGAUCCUUGCCCUUGUGCCUCCGUGGACGCGAGUGUACCGGGUGCAGAGAGAUAUUCCGAUGCCCUUGGUCAGCUCAGGAGUAGAGCAUGGUAAUUUGAGAGAGCUGGCAUUUGCAAGAAUGAAAGACCUUGGAAUACAGUGUCGAGAUGUGAGAACCAGAGAGGUCGGAAUCCAAGAAAUUCAUCACAAAGUACGGCCAUACCAGGUUGAAUUGGUCAGGAGAGAUUAUGUUGCAAAUGGUGGCUGGGAAACAUUCUUGUCAUAUGAAGACCCAGAUCAAGACAUUUUGAUCGGCCUCCUGCGGCUACGGAAGUGUUCAGAGGAAACCUUCCGUUUUGAAUUGGUUGGAGGCGUUUCCAUAGUCCGGGAGCUGCAUGUGUAUGGAAGCGUAGUCCCCGUGAGCAGUCGGGAUCCCACUAAAUUCCAGCACCAGGGCUUUGGCAUGCUGCUGAUGGAGGAAGCAGAAAGAAUAGCCAGAGAAGAACAUGGGUCUGGGAAAAUUGCUGUUAUAUCAGGGGUUGGUACCAGGAAUUAUUACAGGAAGAUCGGCUACAGGUUACAAGGCCCAUACAUGGUCAAGACACUGAAAUAACGACCACACCAGUUCACUGUAACGCAGGCUCCUCCCUGGCAGAAGUCAACCUUCAGGAUUCUUCAGUACUCAACAGGGACCGAGCAAAGAAAAUGGACCCACCUGCCCCCCAGCAAGAACUUCACCCUCAUCCCACCCCUGCAGAGGCUGGAAGCGGUUCCCUGGACCCGGCCAGGCCUCUGCUGACCGAGCCUGCACCGCCGCUGGCAUCCGGAGCCCCUCCCCCGUGUGUUCCCAAGUUUUCGAGGCUUAAGUCACAUAUCUAGUUUCCACAUUCUGCACGAGGCCGCAGGUGACCUACUGAGGCUCAGGCACAGUGACAAAAGCAGAUUAAUCAGCUCGUCUGUACACCGCAAUCCGUGAGGUGAACCAGCUGUUGCCAGCUGAGGAGUAGACUUAGGAGGCUCUUUACAUACUGUGGGUGCAGAGUCAGGUUGGAACACAGGAAAACUGCAGACGUGGAUCCCUGCCUCUCACGACAUGCAUUCCAGCACAAUAAGAAAAUGAGCUUUUUUUUCCGUGGAAAUCAUCCUGGUUCCUGUGGUGUUUGAAGUAACCGGGUGAUGAGGAGAGAGGAAGUUGAGGUUGUAGUUUUGUGCUUUGAGCUUGAAAGUAGCCUUUUGUGUUUGGGAGCCUUCCAUCUACCGCAGGCCCUUGCAGACAUCCUUUCGUUUACUUUCUUUUUUAUUGUCGGUACUUCUCACCCUCUUGAUGACGGCAGACAGUGUGGCGGCCCUUACGCCCGAGGGGCGUUUGGCUCCCCAUUCGUCUGUCCCAGGGGGCAGAGCCUGACCUAACAUGUCUCAGCCUAUGCGGCCCUAAGUCAAGAGUCACUUCCCCAGAAGCUGUGCCUAGCACUUCAUUUCUUUAAGAUGGAUUUGGGUUUGUUUCAAAUGAAGAAAGUUAAGUGUUCAAUUCUACCGAGAAAGAAAAAAAGAGGAAAACAGGCCCAAGUCUACAAGCAGGAGAGAGGUGGUGGUGGUUUUUCCCAAAGGUUCAUCUUAGAGCCCUGCCUGCUUAUAACUUCCAGGUAAUCUACUAAAGAGCCUGCACAGAGGGUCAGUUCUUAAAAGCAUGGCUUCACCUCGUGCCCCUCGGCUUCUGUGGCAUUUUCCAAGGGUUUAUUAAAUGGAAUUGAUUCCCUGUAAAGGUCUGAAAAAUAAAAAUGUUCAGUGUACAAAAAUGAA